AGUACGUUCUCGGGAAAGCUGGUGUUGCUGCUCUAUCUAAUAACUAUAGCUAAAGAAGCAAGAGGCAAAAUGGCUCACAUGGGAAUUCAGAUCAUUGGGUUUUCUCUUGGCCUCCUUGGCCUAUUUGGAACAUUGAUCACUACUAUCCUACCACAUUGGCACAGAAGAGCACAUUUGGGUGCAGAUAUCAUCAUGGCGAUUGAGUUCAUGAAGGGACUGUGGAUGGAGUGUGUCUGGCAAAGUACUGGCAUCUACCAAUGUCAAGUCCAUCGUUCACAGCUGGCAUUGCCUCCCGACCUGCAGGCAGCUCGUGCCAUGAUGGUAAUUUCCUGUUUGCUUUCUGCUUUAGCCACUUGCAUUUCUGUCAUGGGUAUGAAAUGCACCAUGUGCUUCAAGGAAUCUUCAUUCAAAAAUAACAUUGCCGUAGCUGGAGGAAUAUGUUAUAUCCUUGCUGGCAUCAUGUGUCUCAUUCCAGUGUCAUGGUCAACAAAUGACUUAAUUCGAGAUUUCUACAACCCAAUGAUACCACCUGCAAUCAAAUAUGAAAUGGGAGAGGCUUUAUACGUUGGCUUUGUGUCAAUGAGCAUGACACUCAUUGGAGGGGCUCUCUUUUGUCUGUCCUGUCCUCAGCAAAGGCAUAGUAGACCCUAUGAACCACAAGCUUCAUCUGAACAGACUGCGCCUGAGUACAGGCUACCGUUCGCUUCUAAGGGCAACCCAACUUCACAAACGUCAGCCUCACAUGGCAAUUACCGCUUACACAAUUAUGUCUGAUUGUAGCAAAGAGGGACCUGAACUUAAAACACAUACAGGAGGAUUCUCGAUCAAUAAAAGAACCAAGUCACUUAGCAGUGAGUUUUGUGAAGAAUUUAUUCUGUGUUAAAAAAUACACAUUUCAGUAUAUCCAUGUCUUUACUGUAUACUAUAAAUUACUAUUUUUGUGGGCAAUGUGCUCAUUUGGAUCUUUGCAUUUAAAAGCUGAAAAUGAACUCUAAAUUAGAGGGAAUGAUGUCUUAUUUAUUCCAGGCUACUGGG